CGGCGAAGGCAGCGCAGUCCGGGCCGGGAGCCCAGCCCGCGCCGAGCCCGCUCUGCCCGGCCCCAUGGGCGCCCCGCGCCGGCCGCCGCCGCCGCCGCUGCUGGGGCUGGUGCUGGUGCCGGUGCUGGCCGCGCUGUGCGGGGCGGGCCGGGCGCAGCCCGACGGCGCGAACCGCAGCCUGCCCCAGCCCCAGCCCCAGCCCCUGCCCUUGACCCUGACCCUGGGCGCCGUGCUGCCCGAGCGCAACCUGAGCUACGCGUGGGCCUGGCCGCGCGUGGGCCCGGCCGUGAGGCUGGCGCUGGAGGCGCUGCGCCGCGCCGAGCUGCUGCCGCGGGCGCUGACCGUGCGCACCCGCUUCCUCAGCUCCGAGCUGGACGGCAUCUGCUCCGAGGACGUGGCGCCGCUGCAGGCCGUGGACCUGCGGCUCUACCACGACCCCGACGUGCUGCUGGGCCCGGGCUGCGUGUACCCCGCGGCCGCCGUGGGCCGCUUCGCCGCGCACUGGCGCCUGCCGCUCGUCACGGCCGGGGCGGUGGCCGCGGGCUUCGGGCAGAAGCGGCUCCAGUACCGCACCACGGUGCGCACCGGCCCGUCCGCGCCGCAGCUCGGCGCCUUCGCGGCGCGGCUCCACGGCGCCUUCAACUGGAGCGCGCGCGCCGCGCUGCUCUACGCCGACCGCAAGACCGACGACCGGCCCUACUACUUCACCAUCGAGGGCGUGUACCAGGCGCUGCAGGACGGCGCCAGCCUGGCCGUGCGCUACCACCUCUACGCGCCCGACGACGGCGGCGCCCACAGCGCCGUCGCCUUCAUCAAGACCAGCGCCCGCGUGAUCUACAUCUGCGGCCCCCUGGAGAUGCUGCACCGGGUGAUGACGCUGGCACAGCGCGAGAACCUGACCAAUGGCGAUUAUGUCUUCUUCUACGUGGACGUUUUCGGGGAGAGCCUGCGGGCUGACACCACCCGUGGCGCCUUCAUGCCCUGGCAGAACAACGAGAGCCAGGAGCCGGGGCUGCGCCAGGCCUUCCAGACGGUGCUGGUGAUCACGUACCACGAGCCGCAGACGCCCGAGUACCAGCACUUCCAGACCCAGCUGAUCCGGCGGGCCAAGGAGGACUUUGGCGUGGAGCUCAACUACUCACUGAUGAACCUGGUGGCAGGCUGCUUCCACGACGGGGUGCUGCUGUAUGCCAUGGCGCUGAACGAGACGCUGAGCGAGGGCAGCUCCAAGAAGGACACCACCCGCAUCCUGCAGAAGAUGCGCAACCGCAAGUUCCAGGGGGUCACAGGGCUGGUGAGCAUGGACGGCAACAACGACCGCGACACAGACUUCAACCUGUGGGCCAUGGGCGACCUGGCCAGCGGCGUCUUCGAGGUGGCGGGGCACUACGUGGGCGCGGAGAAGCAGAUUGUCUGGCUGCGGCCCAUUCCCUGGGUGAAGGGCGCGCCCCCCCUGGACAACCCCCCCUGCGUCUUCGACGUCGACGACCCCUCCUGUGACCGAACCCCCCUCUCCACGCUGGCCAUCGUGGCCCUGGGCACAGGCCUCACCUUCGUCAUCUUCGGCAUCUCCAGCUUCCUGAUUUUCAGGAAGCUGAUGCUGGAGAAGGAGCUGGCCAGCAUGCUGUGGCGCAUCCGCUGGGACGAGCUGCAGUUCGGGAGCACCGACCGCUGCCACAAAGGGGCUGGCAGCCGGCUCACACUCUCCCUGCGCGGCUCCAGCUACGGCUCCCUGAUGACGGCCCACGGCAAGUACCAGGUCUUUGCCAACACCGGACACUUCAAGGGGAACGUCGUGGCCAUCAAGCAUGUCAACAAGAAGCGGAUCGAGCUGACGAGGCAGAUACUCUUCGAACUGAAGCACAUGCGGGACAUCCAGUUCAACCACCUGACCCGCUUCAUCGGGGCCUGCAUCGACCCGCCCAACCUCUGCAUCGUGACGGAGUACUGCCCGCGGGGCAGCCUGCAGGACAUCCUGGAGAACGAGAGCAUCAACCUGGACUGGAUGUUCCGCUACUCGCUCAUCAACGACAUCGUCAAGGGCAUGGCCUUCCUGCACAACAGCAUCAUCGGGCACCACGGCAGCCUCAAGUCGUCCAACUGCGUGGUGGACAGCCGCUUCGUGCUCAAGAUCACCGACUACGGACUGGCCAGCUUCCGCGCCGCGCCCGACGCCGACGAUGCCCACGCGCUCUACGCCAAGAAGCUAUGGACAGCGCCCGAGCUGCUGCAGAAGGGGCAGCUGCCCACCCAGGGCAUGCAGAAGGCCGACGUCUACAGCUUCGGCAUCAUCCUGCAGGAGAUCGCCCUGCGCAACGGCCCCUUCUACGUCGAGGGCAUGGACCUGAGUCCCAAGGAGAUCGUGCAGAAGGUGCGGCACAGCCAGGCGCCGUUCUUCCGGCCCUCCAUCGACCUGGGCGUGCACAGCGAGGAGCUGGCCCUGCUCAUGGAGCGCUGCUGGGCCCAGGAGCCGGCCGAGCGCCCCGACUUCAGCCAGGUCAAGGUCUUCAUCCGCCGCUUCAACAAGGAGGGCAGCACCAGCAUCCUGGACAACCUGCUGUCGCGCAUGGAGCAGUACGCCAACAACCUGGAGAAGCUGGUGGAGGAACGGACGCAGGCCUACCUGGAGGAGAAGCGCAGGGCCGAGAACCUGCUCUACCAGAUCCUGCCCCACUCCGUGGCCGAGCAGCUGAAGCGCGGGGAGACGGUGCAGGCCGAGGCCUUUGACAGCGUCACCAUCUACUUCAGUGACAUCGUUGGCUUCACAGCGCUGUCGGCGGAGAGCACCCCCAUGCAGGUGGUGACGCUGCUGAACGACCUGUACACCUGCUUUGACGCCAUCAUCGACAACUUUGAUGUCUACAAGGUGGAGACGAUCGGCGACGCCUACAUGGUGGUGUCGGGGCUGCCAGUGCGCAACGGCAAGCUGCACGCCCACGAGAUCGUGCGCAUGGCGCUGGCGCUGCUCGACGCCGUGCGCACCUUCCGCAUCCGGCACCGGCCCAGCGACCAGCUGCACCUGCGCAUCGGCAUCCACACCGGCCCGGUGUGCGCCGGGGUCGUGGGGCUGAAGAUGCCGCGGUAUUGCCUCUUUGGGGACACGGUGAACACGGCCUCGCGCAUGGAGUCCAACGGGCAGGCCCUGAAGAUCCACGUCUCCUCCACCACCAAGGAGGUCCUGGACGAGUUUGGCUGCUUCGAGCUGGAGCUGCGCGGGGACGUAGAAAUGAAGGGGAAGGGGAAGAUGCGGACGUACUGGCUGCUGGGCGAGAGGAAGAACAACAUGGUCGCCUGAGCCCUCCGGCCGUGGAGCCCUUGCCACAUCCCCGACUGCCGCGCGCUGCCGAUGGACUGCAGGUCAGCGGGACCCAUGCCCGCCCUGCCCGCGCCGGCCGCUCUGCACCCGGUGCCCGCGCCCAGGACGGGGUAGAGCAGACCCAGCCCUGACUGGCAGCAGCAGAGCCGGCGUCACCACGGCACAGCCCUGGGCCCGCGGCUGCUCUUCCCUGCGCGGGGGCGGGCAGGAACAGGCCAGGGCCUGGGGGCGCACCUGCUGAGUCUCCCCGUGACCCUGCCCCGACUGCCCCCUCCUCCCCUCCCCGGGCUCAGCUGGCCCGAGCCCCUGCUGCCCCCACUCGGCUGGCCGAGCCCUGCGCCCCCCCCCCCCCCCCCGGGCACUUUGCCUGCUUUUUUUUCAGGACUCGCUAACCCCCCACCGCGAGCGUCAGGGGCUCCUGCCCAGGCUGGCCCCACAGCAGAGCGGGGCGGGAGGCACCGCCGGGGCCAGUGCAGCUGCUCCCCCAGCCCAGGAAGCGCCCCACGCUCCUCCUGCCCACUGUAAAUACCCCAUGGGCCACGACCCCUGCUCCCCCUUGUAAAUAUAGGAGUCAGACGGUGCACACUAUUUUGGUGAAAUACAGACCUCCCCCAACA